UGCUGCGAAUGUUUCACGAGUCUCGCGCGGUGGUGCGUCAGACAAAAACGCGUUGUGUCGUCUCGUGAGACGAGCCAAGUGACGGUACCAACAAAGUGCACAUCCCCUUUGCUCGAGAUUAUACCCGGUGUUUUCGAGAGAUUCGACUCACAGACGCUUCGUCGAUGCCACGCGUAGUGUAUGGGAAACAGAUCGUACAAAUCAACCGCCUUCUAACAAGCCACAUUAACCUCAAGUGAUUUCUAUUUUCUUACGAAUCGCGAAAGAAGUAAUUAGUGUGUUUAUAGCGACCGUAUAACGAGGAGAAAGGAAAAACAAGGAAGAACAAAACAAACGAACAAGCAAAAAUUACAAAAGAAAAAAAGAAUAUUCCAAGAGCUUAGGUUUCAAGAAAGAAGACAAAAAGAUUAUGAGCUAUAGUAUCUAAUUAGUGUACAAAGUAUAUCUGAAAUAACUUAGGCGAGAUAGAUUCAGAGAAGACAGAAAGAGAGAGAGAGAGAGAGAGAGAGAGAGAGAGAGAGAGAGACAAAAAAUAGAAACGAGAGGAAAAAGAAGAAAACCUAAAGUCCGCCAGUGCCAAAUCGAGAGGGAAACAAGUUAAACGAAACGAUUGUUGUACAUUAAGAAACGCGAGGAGAUAUGUUAUAGAAGCAAAAAAAAAAAAAGACGAAGAAGAAGAAGACAAAAAAGUAGGCAACAAACAAAAACAUCGCGCGAAACAAAAACCGUAAACCAAAGAAUCUACCAUUUCACUUUUUUCUACUAAUCAACUCAGCAAGUAACGAUACUCAACUAACUCAGCGAGGGACGGAGGCGAAUGUAAAUUAAGGAAAGCAUUUUACAAAAAGGAAGCAAAAGCAAAACCGACCGACACAAAACGUGUGUUUUUUCUAAGCUGACGAUAAUAAAGAAGAGUUUUACCGUAAAUUAAGCAGUAAAGUGUAAGGGAUUUAAAACGAGUUCAUUUUUUUUUCCUUUCGAGAGGACGCAACCGACCAAGAGAGAGAGAGAGAGAAAUAGAGUCUCCCACCAUCCAAAGCCACACGAGAUCAGCCUGCGUAUCCAGAGAGCUAGAGAGAGAUAGAGAAGGGGACUCGCGCGUAAUUACUCCCAGAGAAACCGAUCUACUUCAGUUCGUAGCCUAAACCUGUUGAGUACAAACGACAGAAAUAGAAUUAUAGAGAGAACGAACGAGCGAACGAGCGAGAGAAAGCUAAAAAAAACAGUGAGAACGUGAGCCUGAAAGAAAGAGAGAGAGAGAGAGAGAGUGAGAGAACGUGAAAACGAGUGUACAAGAGAGCAACUAACAAACAAGGUAAACGAGAUAAAUCGAAGCAUACACAAGAAAUAAUAAAAAAAGAAAAAAAUUCGGACCAACGCGAGAAGCCACAAGAAGAAGUCACAAGAACCUAAAAGUCGUCUGUUUCCGAUAUCCAAGAAGCAACAAACAAGAUUCGUUCGUUCCGUCAGAUGUCAGGCUGUUUCCCAGUAACAAACAUCACUGACGUCGAUCGAACCGUUUAAAAUCCCCAGAUACAUAGCCGCAAUUGUGCCACGAUCGUCCAUCUACUCCCUGAAUUCGCUCUGUAUUCACACGAGUCCUUUCGAAGUCGAAGAUAUCGCGAUUGGCUGGCUGGCUGGUCACUCCUCGAACGUCGUUGAAACAGUCGCGGGAAUAAAGCACAGGCUCAGGAGGAGAAGAAGGAGGAGGAGGCGAAAGAGGGGAGUGUGUCGUGACGAGAGGAUCCUGAGGCCCGGUAACGCGACACCUCCUGCGAGCAGGGGGCUCCCGUCGCGAUGACGUGGCGGGGAAGAUGAGCGCGGCGGAGGUUACGAAGGAGGUCGUCGCCACCGAGAGGGUAGCAGGCAGCCCUCCGGCGGCGGUAGCGACCUCGCCAGGCACGGCGGUGGUCGGCGUCGGCGGGCCAGGUGAUCCGAGUGCAGGGGCGCGUCACCUGCCGCCGUUCAGCAGCUUCGCCGGGGACAACGCGAUGGACAGCUCGACGACAUUGACCACCCUUCACGCCCAGGACGUCGGUAUGGGUCUGACAUCGUCCUGGGACUACUACGAGGGUCUGACCGGCCGGUUGAUCGACUCGCGUGGCGAGGUGGUGUUGGCCAGCCAGUACAGGCCAUGGGAGUCGAAGAACGCGGUGGGCGGUGUCGGUGUCGUUGGCGGCGAGGGUCUGCCGAGUUUCGCGAGCCAAUUCACCGCCCCUAGUGAAGCGGAGCCGCAAUUGACCGCGCUCACCCCGUUAUCGCCCGCCUCAAUAUCACACUCGCCACCUGUCACGUCAGCGGUCGGUCUGCCCAGUUUCCAUACCCUUGGCACACCUUUACCCGCUCCACAUCCGCAUCGCGGUAGCGUCGGUUAUCCGUUGGUCCCAGCUCCGGUCCAGGCCAGAGAAGUGCCAGCUCUCCAACAACAGUUACUCGACGAAAGGCAUAUACAAUUGCUCGGUACCAGUCCAGUCCAGGCAUUCCCACCGCCACCGCCUGGACAUCCUCAUCACACAGUGCUCACCGUUGUCAAGCAAGAGUAUCCGCAGCUUCAUCACGCGAACUUCCAGAAUCCGAUGUCCACGGUACUCGACUCGUCGCCCACCUCCAGACCGAUCGGAAUCGACGGACGGAAGAAGGAACGGAGAAAAAUCCGCGCCGGUUCGAUGGAAUCCGAGGACAGCGCCGGGGCUGGAAACGUCGAGAGCUCGGGACAGGUGGCCGCGGUAUCGUCCACCGCGAACAGAGGACCGCAUCAUAUGGGCGGCGGGAUGGUGGACGCGGACGGGGACGGCGGUAUGAACGAUAAACCGGCGAAGAAGAAACGGAAACGGUGCGGCGAGUGCAUCGGUUGCCAGCGGAAGGACAAUUGCGGGGAUUGCGCGCCGUGCAGGAACGACAAGAGCCAUCAGAUAUGCAAAAUGAGGCGGUGCGAGAAACUCACCGAGAAAAAGCACCUGUACCAUCUGCAGACGGGCGAGGGUGCGUUCCGAGAGCGAGGGAGGGGACGAGGAAAAGGUGCAACCAGGAGUUAUCGAAAGAUCGCCCGACAAGUCAGCACACCGGACAGCGCACCUGCAGGCUUGGGCAGUCCACAGACGGGUAUAGGGGGACUGCAACAGCACCAGCAACAGACGCAACAACAAACCCAACAAACGAUCCAUCAACCGGAUCCCAUGCAGCAGUCCAAGGACAAUCUGAAUCCCGCGGCGAACCAGCAAACCGGCGCCCUAAGGAACGGAAAUCCGCCGCCUCCUGUCGUUUCUAUGUCACCGGGGGUGAUGCCAUUUUACGGCGACUCCAGCCCCGGCUUCCGGCCAGCGGCCGGCUUCGGGAAUACCGUUUGGCACCAGGGAGUCACUCCCGUGGGAACGGUCGCUGUUGAAACGUCAGCAGCGCCGUGGCCACCUCAGCAGUUCAUUCAACAAAUUCCGGCCCCGAAUCAGCUCGAGGAGCUGAGAUACCAUACCCAAUACACCACCACCUCGCCGUACCAUCCGCAGCCAGUCGCGUAUCAACAGCAGACUUUCAUUACGACGGAUCAGUCGGCGUUUCAACGUGCCGGGGCGACAGGACAAUACACAAUCACGGGGCAACCCUCGCCCUUGCCGCCUGUAGCCGCACAAACGGUACCGUCGGCAGCUCAGAGGCCGUUAAACGGUCAAUUCAUGGAUCCUGCUGCCACAGCGACCCAAUCAGUCGGUUAUGAAAGGCAGGAUUACGUGAACGGUUACCAACAGCAGGACGUGACGAUGGCCCCGCCGCCUUCGACCACCCCCACGAGUCGCAGCAGCUCGGUCCAUAUGGAUAAUCAACAACAACAACAACAACAGGCCUCCCAGCAGCCCCAGCCCCAGCCCCCGCAGUCACAGACCGACACGCAGGUGAAGGGAUUCGCGACGAUCGCCGCGAGCAAUGUGUCGGGAAACGAGAUGCCUGGGUAUCCACUUCAACCGGGCCCACAGAGUUUACACAACUCUAACGGAUAUCCAGGCUACGUGGAAAUGGGUCAGCAACAAGUACAGAACCAAUGGCAGCAGCAGCAGCAUGUGGCGCAGCAGUCGCCGCACCCACAGCAGCAACAGCAGCAACAACAACAACAACAGCAGCAGCAGCAGCACAUGCAGCGACAGCAUUCGGUGGCUGACGGUGGCCAACGACACAUAUGGUCCGACACUAGUACCGGUGCCAAGAUGAAUAGCGUGAAUAACAACAUGAACUGGUCAGACGGGACGAUACAACAGCAGCAUCAGCAACAACAGCACCAGCAACAACAACAUCAGCAGCAUCAGCAGCAACAACAACAGCAGCAUCAACAGCAGCAACAACACCAGCAUCAGCAGCAACAACAACAGCACCAGCAGCAACAGAAGUCCCAACAGCAACAAACCAUGCAGAGUAGUAACAUGAAAUCGCAGGAUCAGCAACAGAGUAUGCAGAUGCAGGGACAACAGGAGCUACCCAGGCCGGCCAGUCACAUGAGCUGGGAGAACGGUAGCGUGAAAGAGCCCCAGACUCCUCAGUCGUGGUCGGACAAUACCGAGAACCAGCAGCAGCAACAAACUCAGGGAAACUGGUCCCGGCAGAGUCCGAAGCUGAGGGACACCCAGAAUCCGAGAUUGACGCCAUCUAGUCAACAACAACCGCAGCACCAGGCCUGGCUUCAGCACUCGCCGAAGCUGUCGGACCAUCAACAGAAUCCGUCGUCUCACCAGAACGCCAGGAUGACGCCAUCCGGUGGUCAGCAGCACAAUUGGCAGCAAAGUAGCCCGGAGAUGCAGCAGAACACGGGUCAACAGAAUCCAAGGUUAACGCCAUCCGGCCAGCAGAUGCAGCAACAACAGACACCGCAGCAGCAACAACAACAGCAACAGCAGCAGCAGUGGCCGCAGCAAACGAAAAUCGAGAAGAGUCCCAGGCUCACACCGUCCAACCAGAUGUCCUGGCCAGACACGCCCACUAGUCAACCGAAUUGGUCGCCGAACAGUAUAAAGAGCGACGGUAGUCAGCAGCCGCAGCAACAGUGGCCCGAUUCCCAGCCGAGUCCUAGGAGGACGCCAGGGCAUCAACCGGCCGCGUGGCAGUCUCAGCAACCGCCCCAGCAGGAGAACAAAAUGGAGAGCCAGAUGUCGUGGUCACCGAGCUCGGUGACGGAGAACCAACCCACCUGGGGACAACAGGCGACCAAGCAGGAUAUGCAAAACUCAGGUGAAAGAGUGCUCUGGCAGCAACAGCAGCAGCAACAACAACAACAGGCGACCGAUACCAGUAAACCGAACGGGUUCGCGGAUAACCAAGAUGCUCAGGAGAGUAACGUAUUUGCUCAAUCUAAUCGUGUAAAUUUAAACAGCCGACUGAAAUCAAUGAUACUGAACAAGCAACAACAACAACAACAACAACAACAACAACAACAACAGCAGCAGCAACAACAGCUACAGCAUCAACAACAGAUGCAACAGCCGCAACAACAUCAGAUGACCCACCAGGAGCAGCAACAUCACAAUCUCCACCAUCAGAUGCAAUCGCAGCACGUGAACAGCAACAGCGGUUCGAACGGGGAUUACCAUCACACGGACGAUCGUGUACGGGACGAGAACACGGAGAAGCAACAUCAAGAGAACAAGACCGAUCAGUACAUGAGCCAGUCGAACAUCAUCUCGUUGGCGCAAUCGAACGAAUCCUUGACCGGUAAUUUUUUAUUGCAUAGCCACCACCCUCGGGUCGAUAGUUUGCCCGACGGUGGUGGCUUAUGGGAAUGGUCAGGAGGAGGCGGUACACCGUUGAACAGGGCCGAUCAGCUCGCAGAAAACGGUAUAACGUCUAUCGACAGUUUCAUGAAGUUCACGGAUGAGAAGACCCCGGUCCAGCUCGUGAAAACCGGCGACAAACCGGAGGAUCGUGGCGAACCGCGUGAACAUGACGAGGAGAUCUGGAAACGGACCGAUAAGAGUACAACAGACAAUCAAACCGAGGAUAAGUCCUUCCAGAGUGAAUUGCCGGUGACACGGAUCGAGAACGAGGGAAAUUUCGACGAGUGUCCGACGAAUCCAAGCAAGAACGAAAAAGACGCGACGGAAGGGGAGGACCGUUUCAAGAAUCAAGAGACAUCACCGUCACGGUUGCCGUUGGUGAACGAAGACAUGGACCAGUCCUACGCGGAAAGCACUGAGAAGACAACAUCCACCAUGGACAACAACGGGACGAGCUGCGAUUCCUCGCAGAUCAUCAAGCAAGAGACGAUGAUCGGUGACUAUGGUUGCUCGAGCUCGGAAUGCGCCCCAUCGCCAGCUGCCUCGUCGAAGAGCGAGGGUUAUCAGCCGAGGGAGAUCAAGAUCGAGCCCGAUCUAACGUCCAUGGACGGGAACGAUUAUAAGUUCCGUGGGGACGGCGGUCCGGCCAAAGUGUCGCCCGGUGUCGGUUCCUGGUGUUGCCGUCGAGGCGGCACCGAGCAACCAACCCCCGAGCAUCUGCGCGAGGGCUGUUGCCAGGGUCUGCAAACACGGGACGAGAUACUGGCCGACUCGCCCGCGGAGAAGACGGAGAAAACCGAGGGCAAUACCGGUGGUGGUAGUGGUGGUCCCCAGAGUCCCCGUAACAACGUCGUCGCGCCGACCACGAAACUCCAAGAUCAUUUGGAGAAACUGAAGAACAAUAUGAGGACCGAAGUGCCGGACUGCAACUGCUUCCCAGCGGACAAAGGUCCGCCGGAGCCCGGCUCGUACUACACGCAUCUCGGGGCGGCCGCGAGCCUGCCCGAUCUACGGAACGAUCUCGAACGACGAACCGGCCUUAAGGGAAACGCCAUUAGAUUCGAAAAGGUCAUCUACACCGGAAAGGAGGGGAAAACCACUCAGGGAUGUCCGAUGGCCAAGUGGAUAAUCCGACGAUCCGGUCUGGACGAGAAGAUCCUGACCAUCGUGAAACACCGUCAAGGACACAAGUGCCCGACAGCUUGGAUCGUCGUGGCGAUGGUCGCAUGGGAAGGAGUGCCGACCCACGAGGCCGAUCGGAUCUAUUCCCUGUUGAGCCACAAACUGAAUCGGUUCGGUCUACCAACGACCAGACGAUGCGGCACGAACGAGCCGAGGACCUGCGCUUGCCAAGGCCUCGAUCCUGACAGCUGCGGUGCAAGCUUCUCAUUCGGCUGUUCCUGGUCCAUGUAUUAUAAUGGUUGCAAAUACGCCAGAAGCAAAACCGUCCGUAAAUUCCGUUUGUCAGUACGAACAGAGGAGCAAGAAGUCGAAGAAAGAAUGCACGUCCUGGCGACACUUUUGUCGCCGCUUUACCUCAGCCUUGCACCGGAGGCCUUCAACAAUCAGACGCAGUUCGAACGGGAGGCGAGCGAGUGCCGUUUAGGAUUCAAACCGGGCCGACCGUUUUCCGGUGUCACCGCUUGUAUCGACUUUUGCGCGCACUCUCAUCGUGAUCUUCACAACAUGAACAACGGAUGCACCGUGGUGGUGACCGUGACGAAACAUCGAUCUCUGUCUAAACCGGACGAUGAACAAUUGCACGUGCUUCCCCUUUACAUAAUGGACACCACCGAUGAGUACGGAUCGAAGGAAGGCCAGGAGGAGAAAGUUCGCGCCGGACAUGUCGAGGUUUUGACAAAAUAUCCCUGCGAGGUCCGAGUCAGAUCGGUUCCUCUUCAGCCCUGCAGACGCCACGGGAAGAAGCGUAAGGAAGACGAGCCGGACACAGUGAGCAACAAGAAAGACGGUUCGAAGGUUAGCAACGAGAAAGUAUCCGAUCCGGGCCGCGUGCCGAUUCAUCAUCAAGAUCCGGCCAGACCCCAUCAAAUGAGGGACCCGCAACUGUCCCUGGAAAUGGCGUCGAUGUUCGAGGGAAUGGACGCGCAGCUGCAGAGCUCUCAGGUAUCGUCCACGGUUCUAGACAGUCCGGUGUCCAUGUAUCAAGGUUGGGGCUAUCAGAACGAGCAACAAUGGGGACGAAACGGUUGGCUCGAUCAACGCAAGAACAACUGGUUGAAUCCAUGGGGCGAGUACUCGUUCGGUGGUUUGGAGCGUGACGCGAAGGUCGACCCGGAUAGCACCAGUCUGGACGAUAUAAGGCCUAGAAGCGCAGUUUCCCAGGACGAGCACCGACCAGGCUCCAGAAAUCUACCGAAUUCCCCCAUGGAGUCGCCAAGGAACUGCUAUCCCCAUUCGCCGAGAGCUCACCCAAUAUCGCCGAGAAGCUCGCACGCGGGAACGCCCACCGAUGCUUACUCGAUGUCACCCAGAGCUUGUCCACCGACGCCGCAGGAUCAGAAAAUGACAACUUCGCCGAGAAACACGUACCCAGAGGCCGGCUACCCGCCUCCCUCACCUAGAAAUUAUCCGCAAGCGUACGACAAUAGACAAGGUAGCGCGUCCCCGAAGGCAGGCUCAUUUCCGUCGCAUUUGGAUCAAAGAAGUCUGCUCAUCCGAUCGAAUCAGCCCCAUAAUAACGUGAACAGUCUUCGCAACGUUGUCGGACAGGCCUGCGACCAAACGAAAUUACAGUUCUCGAAGCUACCGCCGCAAGAUUCUAGUCAGAAGUAUCCCGUGACGCAGAAUUAUUUGGACGCCCAGAAGUCGCAGGCCGAACAGUUCUCGAAUCGGGCGCAACAGGUACACUACCAACAACAGCAUCCUGUUGUUCACCCGGCGAAGAAUUUCCCGUAUCAGGGUCAACAUCAUAACAACAAUACCAACGACAUGUUCGCCGGUGGUCUCUCGGUGUCACCGUGCAUGGAGAACGCUAGUCACAAGCCGUACAGCAGCGGCGGCAGCAGUCCCAACCUAUUGCUUCAUAGCUCGUCGAACUUAGGUGGCCAUCAGUCGAACGAUCAGAGUUUAGGAUCGAUCGACCAGAGGAAGUACCGUCAACAACAGAAGCCAGAACAGAAAACCGGAAUGAAUCAAAUGUCACCAGCGCCGUCUGAUCACGCGGGUGGAGGAGGAGGAGGUUGGAACAUGCUCGGUUCCUGGUACCCCGAUCAGGCCAGGCCUUCUUACGAUCAGCAACAAGGAUUCAACGAGCAGGUUCACGUCGAAAGGAGUCCUCAACAUCAUCAGGUGCCGAUGGAUCACCAGAAAGCAUUGAAUUGGACAGAGAGAAUGCAACAGCCGGACCAGUCGAAGCUACACGGUUGGGAAACGCCUACCGAUCCGUCGCCGUUCCGUGUUCCGAAGGGUAGACCUCCAUCGAGGACAGCGUCCAAUCAGAACCCAACGGACAAUACAUAUCAGAAUUCUUCCAACAGAACGUUCCUCAAGCCCCAGGACCCGGCUCGUAACGUGUACGCGGACAGUUUAAGCAAUCACGCUCCGAGCAACAGUACGCCGAGCAAUCAACGAAGACCGGACUGGCCGGAGGACAAAACAAAAGACGGAUUCCACGAGGCGGCCAGACAGACAACGGGCAAUCCGAACAACGCGAACUGUUUCCCGUGGCCGGAGGAGAUGAAGCAGGUGCAGGACUUCCACGCCGCGAUGCCUGGCUUGGGGCAUCCCCACGCAUCGUUCCCCCAAUACAGCUAUCCAACGUAUCCCGUGUUCGACAAGCCUUACACGAACACCUGGGACGGUUACAACUACCAUCAGCCGUAUCAUCAUCCGCAAACGGCCGAGUAUCCGUCCCAAUUCUACCAGCAACCGAAGCGAGAAGCCUGUUUCCCGUCGCCGCAGUACCCCUAUCAAGGUGUCCCAACGCCCUAUCAGGGCCUGAAUCCCGGCUGGGCCAGAUGGGAGACACCUCGAUGGGACAUCUACGGGCCGCCGCCGUAUUUCCCGGUGAUCCCAGAACCACCGCCGAAGGCUGAACCAUUGGGCGAGGUUGCCGACUACAGCGACAACGAGGAGUGUUUCAAAGACUCGCAGAUGGGCGGCGUGGCGAUCGCUCUGGGCCACGGUAGCGUGCUGUUCGAGUGCGCGAAACACGAGAUGCACGCGACCACCGCUCUCAGGAAGCCGAAUCGGUUAAAUCCGACCAGGAUCAGCCUAGUGUUCUAUCAACACAGAAACCUGAAUCGACCCAGACACGGUUGGGACGAAUGGGAGGAAAAGAUGCGUCUGAGGAAGCUAGGCGUCGCGAGCACCAACGCAACAACAACGACAAGUACAUCCUCGUCCACCGUCUCGCAGCCAUCCACACCGUCUACUCCGACCAGCCCAGCAAUUAUCAACGACAAGUCCACACCGAUUCCGCAUAUUCCGAACGUGCCCAGCUCGCAGUUCAUGAUGCGAUCGCCGACGUACACCACGAUGACCUGGACGACCCUGUUCCCGAUGCAUCCGUGCAUGAUAACCGGUCCUUACCAAGAGGGCGGGGCGAUCGGAUGAGUGAUCGUCGGGGGCCACGGUUCGAACCAUCGAUGAUGAACCGUGGCCGCCAGGGGGAUCGGAUCGAUCUCGUCGCUGAACGCACGGAGCUGAUCCACGAGCGCACAGGGAAACCUAAAACCCGGAGUUUGUGAUGAUGCUCGACGGGGGACCAAUGGUUUGGAUCAACAGCACAACAGAAAAGAGGAGGAGUUCAAUAAAACGGGUGACUCUUUCUCUCUCGCUCUCUCUCUCUCUCUCUUUCACU